AUGACAAGUAUCGCCCCGAGCGAAAGAUCGGUCGAGUCAAGCUUGCAAUACUGGCUUAUAUUCCUCAAAUUCGUUGUUCAGAAGUUGGAGCUACACAAAGAUGUACCUGAUCUCAGUGAAGACGACAAAGAGGAAAGGAGAAGGCUAUGGUGGGCAACUUAUAUUAUUGAUCGACAUGCGGCCUUGUCAUUCAAUGGACGACCGCGGAUAACCGACAAUGAAUGUCUAUCUCUCCCGACUCCGCGCCCCGAUCCAAUAUGGAAUCAGCCCGGCCCGUUACUUCCCGGGUCUCAAGGGCGAAGCGCACAUGAAACAGUGCUCAGCUAUCAUGUAGGGAACCUGGACAUGCUAGGUCUCUUUCUGCCUCUGUCAAGGAUACUGGGCGAGAUCUUGGAAUAUCGCUUCCUUAGCGAUCAUUCAACAUUUAACACAUGUCAUGGCCUUUUGAACACAGUGCAAAAGAAUAUCCUACAGAAUCUCGAGAUAUGGUAUCAUUCAUUUGAGGCUCUUGUGGGCUCGGUGUUCUGCGCAAUUGCUGAGCCAGAUUGCGAUUCAUUUCCGGCAGCAGACAUCCCGACAGUGGCCUACUAUGGAUUUCACAUGUACCACUGCAUGUUUGUAUUACUACACGGUCCUAUGGACGUGGUGCGAAUGUAUCAAGACCUUACAUGGCAGUCAUCUUCCGACUUUCUGACGGCUGGCGAGCAUGCUGUGGCUUGUGCGAAUAUUGCGCGACACAUAUUGCGAAUCGAUCCACAACUGUCUCUAAUGUAUAGGUUUUUCGGAACCUACUUUUUACAAUCGUCUUUCAUCUUCCUCAUUCUGGCACAAAAGCUGGGGAAGCGAUCCGACGACCUGAUUCUACGCAAUUGUUCGAUUAACCUACAGGUGUUGGACAUGUUUGUGGCAGCGACGAAUAUGGACUACCAACGCACGUUUGCCAAGCUCUUGCGCCGGGCGCUGUCAGUCAAUAUGGCUGAAUCUACUGGGGAUAGUGUACCCGGACAAGAUCAGCCGACGCCGGAACUCACGGGCGUACCUCAAUCACCCUUGGAUCCAGAAAUGCUUCGUUACCGCUGGGCCCCUGGAUAUACUGGAUUGUGGGUUGGUCCAAUGGGCUGA